AUGCCAUCUUCUCGGACGUCCGGUUCGAACCCUAGUCUCUCCACCAUGUCCGCCCAUGUGUCGGCGGCUUCCACCCGCCCCGCCAACGGCGAACCCUUCUCGAAGACCGAACACACGUCGCCAGACCCCCAACCGACCACCGUGAACCGCAAAAAGCAGAAACGCCGGCAAAAGCAAGCUGCCCGCAUGGCCGCGGAACGUCAGUUCGAGAAUGGCCAUGUCCACCACCCGGACGCCGCAGAAGAAAACAGUCCGAGCCCCGUCGGUCCCGAAAGCCACCCGUCUGACGACCACGACUUCGACGAAUCUGUCGACGGCGAUGUCUACUACGACGAAGAACCCCGGGUACUCGGCGCGCAUCCUGCCAUGUCCGCCCCGUCGACCAUGAAUGCGCGCGACGACCACUCGAAAGUUUCCGGUCGAAAGUCGAAGAAGAAGAAGGGCAAGAAAGGUCGCAGCGGCUCCCAAACGCUCGGAGACGAAAGUUCGACUCCCUUGUCUACCCCUUCGGUCUCGAUGUCGCACCCUCUCGUCCCCCCUCUCCCGCCGCAUUUCGGUGCCCGCACGAUCCUGAAGUCGACAAAAGAUCGCAGUAUUUGGAACACGUCGACCCAGGAGGAGCGCGAAAAUAUCAAGGCCUUUUGGCUCGAGCUGGGCGAGGAGGAGCGACGACAACUCGUCAAGGUAGAGAAGGACGCGGUCCUGAAGAAGAUGAAGGAACAGCAAAAGCAUUCGUGCAGUUGUACAGUCUGCGGGAGGAAGCGAACCGCUAUCGAAGAGGAGCUCGAAGUGCUUUACGACGCUUAUUACGAAGAGCUUGAACAGUACGCAAAUAACAACCAAGGCUCCUUUGAAAAGGGCCCGCCCAUCAUGCCGCCUCCCCGCCUAUACCAUCCACCCCUACGUUCUCCCGGCCAACACACGCGGACGCAAGGCCAAUUUCAUCCCUCACGAGGUAGAAUCCACGAGUUGCCCGAGGACGACGAAGAUCUGGAGGAGGACUACGAUGAAGAUGACGACGAGGAUGACGAGCCCUACAGCGAUGAAGAAUAUGAAGACGACGACACGCGUGCCGCUCGCGCUGAUUUCUUCGCCUUUGGGAAUAGUUUAACUGUUAAAGUUGCAGACGAUCUUCUCAAAAAUGAUGGGAAACAUUUCAUCGACAUGAUGGAACAACUGGCCGAACGCAGAAUGCAGCGUGAGGAGGAUACCCAAUUCGGAAUCACCGCUGCUCACCAGUCCCUUCAUGCCGGUCAUAAUCAUGGUCCAUACGAUGAGGAGGAUUACGAUGAGGAAGAGGAGGAUGAAUAUGACAGCCAAGAGGAUGAAGAAUACGAGGAGGAUGAAAUGGAUGCUAUGACCGAGGAGCAACGAAUGGAGGAAGGCCGACGAAUGUUCCAGAUAUUUGCCGCCCGGAUGUUUGAACAACGCGUCUUAACAGCUUACCGAGAAAAGGUCGCCGAGCAACGCCAGAAAAAGCUGAUCGAAGAGCUCCUGGAGGAAGAAUCCCGGACCGAGCAGCGGAAUGCCAAGAAGGCUCGCGAAGCUCAGAAGCGCAAAGACAAGAAGAAGCUUCAGAAGCAGGCGAAGGAAGAAGAGAAAGCACGCCGAGAGGCCGAGAAGGCAGCCGAGGAAGCGGCGCUUAAAGCCGAGCAAGCGAAGAAGCUAGAGGAACAGAAGAGGAAACGAGAGGAGCAGCGGAAGAAGCGCGAAGCUGAGCGCAAGGCUCAGGAAGAAGAGAAGGCUCGUCGAGAAGCUGAUAAGCAGCGAAGGCUGCGUGAAGAGCGCGAGCGACAAGCGGAGCUAGAGCGCAAACAUCGUGAGCAGAAAGAGCAGGAAAAGCGACGGCGGGAGGAUGCGCGACGAAGAGAACGGGAGCAGGAAGACCGGGAUUCGAUGGAUAACAAAGCUCGGGAAGAACGAGAGCGCAAGGCACGCGAUGGGCAGACACGCAGGCAUCGGGAUAGCACAGGGAAAGUCGAGUACGACCCCUCCGACCUCGAGAAGCGGGAUGCUUUCGGCAGCCGAGCGUCGCAGCCAGAGCCGAUGCCGAUCUCAACUAGCCUGCAGCAGCAUGUCCAAGGAUCUUCUAGGCACCUACAGUCACCACACCUAGCAGGUGCAACGCCUAUUGUCCCGAAGGCUCCGACGCCUGCCCGGGCCCGCCAGCCGUCUCAACAGGGCUCGCACACCUCGUCCCCACGGUCCCAGGCGGCCAGCGCAGAACCUUCGCAGACCUCCAUCUCUCCUCGAUCCAUGGGCCCGUCCCAGUCGUCGGGAGCCUCGAGUGUGACCUCGAAACAGAGCCAAGGAUAUCCCAUGUUGCAUCAUCCUCAACCGUCUACUCCCCUUUCUCCCCUCGGUGCGAUGGGCAGAUCUCAUCCACCUGGGUUUCCGAGUCCUAACGGCCUGCCCUCAAAUCCCCCGGGGUUAGCUGGAAUGGUUCCUCGACCGCCGCCGAUGGGUCAUGAACUACCCACGUAUCCGCCGCAUACUGGCCCUCUCAUGAGUCAACUGCGAGGGUUCCCUGCACCGAACGGGAUCCCUAUGCCUCCCGGUAUUAAUGGCACCCGUCAAAUGCCACCUGGACGUGGUUACCCACUUGACCCUGGACACGGUCUUCCAUUCCAUGCCCCAGCACCGCUCUCAAGCGCGUUCUCUGCGCAACAGAGCGGACUCUCCCAGGGUCAUUCCCGACAGCCUUCCAACUCGUUCGAGCGAUCUCCUCUUGACACACACGCCCAACCAUUCCCCAUUUCUCGUCCUAGUCCGAUUAAGCGUCCAUCCAGUACCCAGCAGGAUCAGCAGGCCGAUGUCAACCGCACUACACAGCGCGACAUGGACAAUCUAAGUGCUCGGUUUGGAAGCAGUGCUCUUCUUGAUGACAGUGACGCUCCCUUUUCUUCGACCCUUUCCCAAUCGCUUCCUGACGCCACCGUUCCAGGCUCUUUACCGGGUCCGACUCGAGCCAGUUUUGCGGCACCCUCGUUGUUCCCAGACCCUCUCGGAGCAUCAAAACACUCUAGUUUCUCCAUGAAUACUGGAGUAGGAAGCAACCCGUGGGGUGGACACAUGGGAUUUGGGGCCUCCGCUUUCCCCGGAACUCCAACCUGGGGAACUGCACAUGGGAGUGGUUGGUCCAACAACGCAUUCGGGUCCGGUGGUCACCAUCGUGCGCACACAUCUCGACCAGUUGCCAUUCGGUUGCUGGUGAUUGAAGCGUGGAAGCAACUGAACACCCUAAGCCCUUCCAAGGGAGCCAGCGGUCAUCAUGAUGCCAAGAGGUUGCUCCGCCAAAUUGAUCAACUGCGGCCCUCCAACGAGCCUUCCAUCUCGCUCAAGGAAAUGCUCGACAUCUGCGACACGGAAGGCAACUCGCAGAACGGGGGCGGUUCAUUCUCCAUCAAGAGCGACUCAAUGGGCGAGUUCGUCAAGUUCGAGCCCGAUACUAACAGCGCUGCCUCAGGUCACAGAGGCAGCAUUGUUCCUGGUGAAAUCGGAAGUCCGAUUCCGAGUAGCAGCAUACCAGCGUUUGGCGGGAUUGGUACUACACCAUCGGUGCUUCGGCAGUAUUCAUCUCCACCAACGGGAUUCUAA